AUGCUCCGUCGACUGGAUACGCACACAGAAGAUGCGCCGUUGACGAUAGAAGACCUCGUUGCUGAUUGUGAGAACUUCACCGCAUUGAAGAUGGACAACACAGACAUGGAAGGAAGUCAUGAUAUCCAUGUCGUGCAGAAAAAGAAUGUGAAGUGCUUCAAUUGUGGAGGACCGCACUACAGAAGCACAUGUCCGCUUCUCUCCUCCAGCACUGGACAGAAGAUGCGACAGAAACCAAGAAGACGAUCCAACCGUCGCAAGAAAAGCCAAUGUAAGAACGUUGUCACCUUCGCCGCUGAGAAUGCUCGAACCUACCUCGAUGUCAAUAUCAUUCUCUACGCUUCCAGCUCGACACAGGCGCAGAUAUCACGUUGCAUGCCAGUCAAAACGGCAGAUGGAUCACCGAUGAAGAUUGAUGGAAGAUUCUCCACAGACUUCUUUGUCGGAGACCGGACAACAGGGAAGAACAUCCUAGGUAAUGGAACUUGUUACGUUACCGAAGGCACGAAUCUGCUAGGACUGGAGCGGUGUAUUCAAAUUCCAGCGUACAAGGAGUUGAAAGACAAAUACCACUGCCGAAUGACUAAAGAAGAAGCAAACCGAGAGGAAAUCAUCGUAGACUUGAAGAAGCAAUACGCAGAAGUGUUCAAGUGCGGACUUGGCAGAUGCGUCAAGACUAAGGCAAAGUUGUUGUUGAGGGACAACGUAGUACCUGUUUUCAAGAAGAAGCGACCAGUGCCCUAUGCCUCCGUGCCGGAUUUGGAUGCUGAUGUUGAUCGGCUGAGGGUCGAACACAUAAUAUCCUCAGUAGAGCAUUCAGAGUGGGCCACGCCUAUCGUUGUAGUCAAGAAGAAAAGUCAAGCCGAAGUCUCACCGCUGUAG